UCAAAAGAAGUUGUACGUGGUGGUUGGCUUGAAAUAAGUUAUAACUGAAAUUUUAUGUGUUUUGGCCACCAAUAUUCUUGAAAAUUAUCGAAAUAAUUUUCGACUCUUUACUAUAAAGAUGGCAAUUUUGAUGCUUUAAGUUUUGUGUGAAAAAAAUUAAAAUAUAAGAGAGAGAGAGAGAGAGAGAGAGAGAGAGAGAGAGAGAGAGAGAGAGAGAGAGAGAGAGAGAGAGAGAGAGAGAGAGAUGGCAGAAAGAAAGAAGUACAUUGUAGAGAUAGAGAAUGCAAGAGAAGCAAAAGAUGGGAAGCCAUCGGUUGGGCCAGUUUACCGAAAUGCCCUUGUCAAGGAUGGAUUCAGGCCUCUGCCUCAAGGUCUUCACAGCUGCUGGGAUAGCUUCUGCCACUCUGUGGAGACAUACCCCAAUAACCGAAUGCUCGGUGAGCGGGAAAUGAUAAACGGAAAGGCAGGUGGAUAUGUGUGGUUAACUUACAAACAAGUAUACGAAUUAGUCUUACAAGUCGGCGCUUCCAUUCGCUCGUGUGGCGUUACGCAACGUGGACGAUGCGGGAUCUUCGGUGCAAAUUGUUCACGGUGGGUUAUAAGCAUGCAGGCAUGCAAUGCUUAUGGUGUCUACUGCGUACCGUUAUACGACACUCUAGGUGCUGAUGCAGUGGAGUAUAUCAUCUGCCAUGCCGAGAUUUCGAUUGUUUUCGUCGAAGAAACUAAAAUUUCCGAGGUCUUAAAAACAUUUCCAAGUACUGAAAAACACUUGAAGACUAUUGUAAGUUUUGGAGAGGUUACACCAGAACAAAAGCAUGUGGCUGGAAAUUUUGGCUCAGAAAUAUAUUCUUGGAAUGAGUUUUUGCUUCUAGGAAAGACGAGUCAAUUCGAAAUCCCAAUGAAGAACAUGUCAGAUAUUUGUACAAUAAUGUACACGAGUGGUACAACGGGCGAUCCAAAGGGAGUAGUGAUAACAAACGAGAGCAUUCUUUCGGUUAUAUUUAGCGUUAAUCAUCAUCUCGAAAGCAUGAACGAAGAGUUUACUGAGGCGGAUGUGUACUAUUCCUUUCUCCCGUUAGCUCAUAUAUUCGAUCGGGCCUUCGAAGAAAUGUUCAUUUCAAAAGGGGCUUCGAUUGGAUUUUGGCAAAAGGACAUAAAACGAUUGCUCGACGAUAUCAAAGAGCUAAAACCAACGGUAUUUUGUGCUGUUCCUCGUGUUUUAGACAGGAUAUAUUCAGGUUUGCUGGAAAAGAUUUCUUCAGGUGGUAUUAUCAGAAAUGCAGUUUUCAAUGCUGCAUAUUACUACAAAUUACGUAACAUGAGUAAAGGCUAUAGCCAUGCAGAGGCAGCUCCAUUACUUGACAAACUUGUUUUCGACAAGGUGAAAGAAGGGCUGGGAGGGAAUCUUCGUCUGAUCCUCUCGGGAGCAGCUCCUCUUUCUUCAAGUGUCGAAACAUUUUUACGCGUGGUGACGUGUGCUCAUGUUCUACAAGGAUACGGUUUAACCGAAACAUGUGCAGGAUCGUUCGUUGCACUGCCAGACGAGCUAACGAUGAUCGGUACAGUGGGGCCCCCAUUGCCGGGUAUCGAUAUAUGCUUGGAAUCUGUUCCCGAUAUGGGGUACGACGCCCUUUCGGUUACCCCUCGUGGGGAAAUAUGUGUCAGGGGUAAAUCCGUCUUUUCGGGUUACUACAAACGCGAUGAUCUCACUAAAGAGGUGGUGAUUGAUGAAUGGUUUCACACAGGGGAUAUUGGUGAAUGGCAGCAAAAUGGGAGCAUGAAAAUCAUUGACAGAAAAAAGAACAUUUUCAAGCUUUCACAGGGAGAAUACGUUUCCGUCGAAAAUCUCGAGAGCAUUUACUCCCUCGCCUAUUGCGUCGAUGCGAUAUGGAUUUAUGGCAGCAGCUACGAGUCCUUUCUCGUUUCUGUAAUAAACCCGAACAUCGAAUCUCUUCAUCGAUGGGCUGAAGCGAACCAAAUUUUCGGAGAUAUUGGUACCAUUUGUGAAGAUCAAAGAGCAAGAAAAUACAUUCUUGGAGAAUUAACAAAGAUCGGUAAAGAAAAGAAGUUGAAGGGAUUUGAGUUCAUCAAAGCCGUUCAUCUCGACCCUACACCGUUCGACAUGGAACGUGAUCUUAUCACACCAACUUACAAGAAGAAAAGGAACUGUUUUUAUAAAUAUUAUCAGAUUGCCGUCGAAGAUAUGUACAAGAGCACCAAAUGAAUCGAAUGAUGGGUACUAAAUAACAACUAUAAUUACGAUGAAUGUAAGAUUUUUUAACGGUUUUAUAAGUUUUAUUAUUUCAUUU